UUGUCCACUAAAAAAAAAACUAGGAUGGCAAGCAUUUAUUUGCCUCCGAUCGCACGCAAAAAGAAGGUAGACGGCUACCCACGUCAUGACACCUCCAGGGUUUUUGCUGAUCUGCAAGUUAAUCAUUCACCUGGUCAAACAAGCUAUGGUGCACAUUAUAUUGGACAUGCAAUUUUAUCCCCUCGACAGAAUAAAAUAUCAGUGCCAAACAAUAAACCUCACCCCGCUAAGGUGACUUUUUUGCGCCAAAAUCCACGAUUUAUUUGUGAGCCAAUCUGUUAUGUGAAGACCACUGUAGAUUCUCCAGUGACAUACCCAUCAUGGUGGCCAGAAGAAUUACCAGAAAAAUCCACUAGCAUCCCUCAAAAAAGCUUUGAUUCAACUGCACGUUCAGAUUACCGUCCUCCACCACUUUUCCAUGAAAGAGUAACUAGGUAUAGCAGUAAUCUUGCCCUGCAGCUGGUACCAGCAGGGGCUUCUGGAAUCCUUCCUCAAGCUGCAGAUAAAACAGGACCUACAACACCAAAAGUUGUAGAGAAAAUCUCUUAUGAACAUCAGUUUAACUCAAGAUUGGAUCCAAGUCAGCCAAUAAGAGGGCGCCGACAUGGAAGCUUUAUAUGGAAGGUUGUUUCUGAUAUUGGGAAAAAAAAUAGGAAAGGCAGCAAGCCUGUGGAGUAUGCAUAUGUGGAAGAUGAAUUGGCACAUACAGGGGCUGCCCAAUCUACAACAGAAAAUGUUGAAAAUGGUGAGAAAGCUGUGGAGGUUAAUGAACCAGGAGGGACCCCUCCUCCAUCUGAUGAAAACUGAGUCUUCCUCAAAAUUAUUAACUUAGAGUUGUGUGAAAAGGCAGAAAUCUAAGAGGCAAAUAUUUGACUGUGUUAAAAUGGACUGUAUGAUAUGGUUGUGGCAUCUGUAAAGUGAAAAACUUAGUGAAAACUUAAUUUGUAGCUAAGAUUAUUUUAUCCCAUCCACAACCCUAAAUGUUUAAGGAAUUAUUAUUUUUAUUUUUAUACUUGUUUUUAUCAAAACUCAUUCUUGUUCCUGCUGUAUUUAUCAAAAAUAUAGGAUAAAUAGUACAUUAUAAUAAAACGUUGUGAAUUAGGUUUGGAAAGAGUUAAACUAAAUUUUACUAAUAGCUCCUAACUUUGAAUGACAGUCAAAGCUUACUAUUAAAUAUUUUUCCAACACAG